AUGGGCAGCAACGGGCGGCAACGGGCAGCACAGGCACGGGCAGCAACGGGCAGCACAGGCACGGGCAGCAACGGGCGGCAACGGGCAGCACAGGCACGGGCAGCAGCGGGCGACAACGGGCAGCACAGGCACGGGCAGCAACGGGCGGCAACGGGCAGCACAGGCACGGGCAGCAGCGGGCGACAACGGGCAGCACAGGCACGGGCAGCAACGGGCGGCAACGGGCAGCACAGGCACGGGCAGCAACGGGCGGCAACGGGCAGCACAGGCACGGGCAGCAACGGGCAGCACAGGCACGGGCAGCAACGGGCAGCACAGGCAUGGGCAGCAACGGGCGGCAACGGGCAGCACAGGCACGGGCAGCAACGGGCGGCAACGGGCAGCACAGGCACGGGCAGCAAUGGGCGGCAACGGGCAGCACAGGCACGGGCAGCAACGGGCAGCACAGGCACGGGCAGCAACGGGUGGCAACUGGCAGCACAGGCACGGGCAGCAUCGGGCAGCACAGGCACGGGCAGCAACGGGCGGCAACGGGCAGCACAGGCACGGGCAGCAACGGGCAGCACAGGCACGGGCAGCAACGGGUGGCAACGGGCAGCACAGGCACGGGCAGCAACGGGCGGCAACGGGCAGCACAGGCACGGGCAGCAACGGGCAGCACAGGCACGGGCAGCAACAGAGCGCACGAGGGCGCGGGCAGAGCAGAGUGCACGAGGGCGCGGAUCCGCACCACGCGCCGUCCCUGACCCGGCCAUUCAGCAAGGUGACUAG